AUGUCCAGCUUAUUGCAAGAAGUUGGAACACCUUGUCCGCGACGGUCGAGAGGCUCUAGAGCCAGCCACGAAAGCGGCAACGGAGGUGACCCAUUCGAUGGCCUAUGGGACGAUGGCGUCGGAGAUUAUGAUGACACGAGGAACCUCGAGUUCACAACUGAAAUCCGACCUCCAGUUCUCACCGGAGCCAAACCGAAACGACGAGCGAAGAACAAUACGUCUUUCACCAUACAUAGCGACCAGGAUGAGAAACCUGCACGAACAGCGGUUAGACCGAAGAGGGACCCCAAACCGGCCAUCAGUACCACGACUCGCAAAUCAUCCCUACUUGCACAGCCAGCACAAAGGUUCCGUCCUAGAGUCAGCUUCGCUCCUAGCCCACUCAAACACUCACAGCAGAGGGAUGAGAUUGAGCCUAAAAAGCGAAGUACGGAGCCGAACGCCCAGAGAAAUAAUGACCUCCUUAAGCGGAUCAGUGGAAACGCAGACAAGGUCAUUGUCAAAGAUGCGUUAAAGAGGGACGUACGGCGAAACACUGUCUACAUACCCCCGGAAGAUACAACUGUGGCUAGCGUGUUCAUGGGUCUGUUUAGCCCACUGAAGUCUAACAAGCUCGAAGAUACUAUUUCCGAAAAUACCCAGGUCGGCAGCCUCGAAUCUCAGAUCGCGAGGAAAAAACAAGCGAAACGGCUCGUCACGUCGUCUCCCUGUCGUGCUGCCCUGCAACCAAGCUCGAAGAUCGCUCAAGAGUCGGCGACUAUGUCUGAUAUACCCGGGCGAAAUGGCGGCAAGGAGAACAUACCCCCCGGAAUGGCUCUGAUUGAGGUCAACGGAAAGAAGCUCUCGCCGACUACACAGGGUAACGGCACAGGCGACAAACUGGGUCAACCGAAGCCGGUAAGAGAUCGGCCGGGCAUGCUCCCUGGUGCAAAUGGCUUUACCACGCCUCUUGCAGCGAGAACGGUCAAUAAGGGCGUGAAGAAGGUUGUUAGCGAUGCCUCCCUCAAGAAAUCAGUUUCAGAUAUCACUGAAAAGACGCGGUCUCUGGGUAUUGGGACCAAGAACCCGGUUAAAAGAGGAUCUAGUUUGUCAAACUCCCUGAAGUCAUCAAGACCGGCAAUGAACCCAACCGAUCGAACUAGUUUGAAGCGUCUCAACCACCAGUAUCCACUGGCUUCGGGAGCUAUUACGAACCCUGCAAUGUACGAUGACAAUUGGCUUUCACAUCAGGAAGUGAUAUUGACCCAGUUGAUAAAUGGGCUUUUUGGCGACGCAGGCAGCCAUGAUGUGGAUGAGCCUGCCAUACUCCGACAAGAGUUCCUCCUGUUUUACCAGGGAGCUUAUUUUACCACUCUUUACAAAAGACUCCAGGCGUCACUUAUGUAUGGUGCCUUAUCAAUACCCCAAAAUAUUGUCCUCAAAAAUAGUCGACUUCGGCAGGACUUGGGAAUGAAGCGAAGGUUUAUCGAUAUUUGGCUUCAGACUUACGAGCCGAAUGCUCUCAGGGCUGCACUGGAGACAGUCACUGGGAGGGUAAUACCAGCUAACAAAAUAAGCUCGAGCAAUUUUAAUACAUCUACGGAUGGAGCUUCGUCACAGAAAGAGAGAACUUUGACGAGACGACUUGAAAAAUUCUUGGAUGCGUUCCUUGUGCAGAAUCAGGAUAUGGAUCGAAAUAGCAGCGAGUUUAGAACGAACGACCGCGAAACUUUGGCUGCUGUGUAUCGCCGAACUGUUCACCGCAGCAUUCUGCUCGUCAUUCUUUUGGACAAGGCCAGGGAAUGCUCGGAGACCUCAUUUUCUCGUUGCCUGUUCCUAUCCUCAUCACCAUAUAAGUCUUCUCUUGCGGUGCUCCAGGCAUUAACUCGAUUUUUACUACCAUCAUGUGGAGAUGUUGGCAAAGCUGUUGCACAAAUUGACUGCCAAUUGACCUACGAGCAGCACCCACUCAAAGAGUAUGAGUACGAGAUAUCUAAUCUUGCUGUUGACCUGAGAGAUGGUGUGAGACUGACCAGGGUUGUGGAGCUGCUUCUUUAUCCCUCAACGUCCUUGGAUGACUGCCAGCGGCCACUUUCCCGACAACUUAAGUUCCCUUGUCUGGGUCGCGCAGUGAAGGUGUUCAACGUGAAAACCGCCCUGGAUGGGUUGGCAUCCACGCAUGAGGGUAGACAGCUUGUCAGCAACAUCCGCGCUGCAGACAUCGUCGACGGACAUCGUGAAAAGACGAUUGCACUGUUAUGGGGCCUUGUUAGCAAUUGGGGUUUAUCCGGUUUGGUUGAUAUGGGUGAUUUGAGGGAAGAAAUCAGCCAGUUGCGAAAGAGAGCUAUACUGCCAAAAGAACCUGGAAACCCAGAGGCGACAGACAAACACUUUGAGAGCGAGGACCCCCCAGUGCUCCUCAAGCAAUGGGCCUACCUUGUGACCCAGCUGAGAGGGCUAAGUCCCGAAAACCUCACUGCAAACCUAGUGGAUGGCACGGUCUAUGAGUGUAUCUUGGAUGAAUAUGAAAGGUACAUCCUGGCCUCCAGCCAGGACUCGGCGUCAACAGAAAGCAAGACUAGCCUAGAAGAUCGUCUACGAAUGCUAGGGUGCAGUACACAAUUCAUCAACAUUGUCUCUCCAAAUUCCGGACCUAGCAUCCUCAACUCCGAUUCCACAACCGGAGCCCUCGCCUUCCUUUGCUCCAGACUCCUUCCAGUUGCUAAGCGUGUCCGCGCAACGCUGGUGCUCCAAAACGCAUGGCAACGCGUCCUUAACCACCGAGAGACCCAGAAACGGAUAAUGGCAAAGGACGUUGCGCGGCAAUGCGCAGCAGUCGUCCAGACCCGGGAUCGGAUCAUCUGGGCAAAGAAUGUCAUCGUGCAUUGGUGGCGACUCAACAAGACCAGACGGAAAAGAAGAGCGACUACAUCAACAACUGCCAUGACAAAGAUGGUGACGAAAACGAGGGUACAUGGCAGGAAAUCUACCAAGAUUCCCCUGCGUUGCGGGAAUUAG